GUGACGGUUUUAAAACAAAGCUCCUCAUCCAUACAAACUCCUACUGACAUCUCGGCUUAAAUUAAAACAUUUUUAAAUCCUAACUUUUUUUCUGGCAAACAACAUAAACCAGAGGAACACAGUGCAUGUGAAGGCAAAGGAUGUCGGGCAAAAGAAAGGAGCUACAGACGGCCUUAUGCCGCUACAUCACAGACACCCUCACCUACAUCCACACGGUGACAGGAUUCUGUGAGAGGUUCUCUAAAUGGCUGCUGUGGACAGAGACUGAGUUAGACACCUUGAUGGAUAUCAAAGAUGGCAUUGACACACUAGACCUGAGAAUCACACAUGUUUACAAUUCAGAGGAAAAAUGCACGGCCUUCCUGAAAUUCAUGAAGAACAAAGUAAGUGCAGAUAGCAGGCGUGAAAAGCUGGAGAAGGAGCUGACUGAAGUGUUGGAGUACGUUUUGAGAGGCCAGGAGAAACUCGAGCCUUUCUUGGAUGCAGUGGAGAAGCUGGCAGUCACAUCACUGCAGGUAUUUAAAGAGAACCAGGAGUUACACCUGCCUGAAGGGAUCCGCUUUGAACAUAUUCAGUCUGUCAUCAGUGCUGCACAACAAAUCUGCCCUCUGCUGCUGGAGUUUAAAAGAGAUUCAGAAGUCUUCUUCCUCCCCAAACUUGAGAAUGUGGAUGUGCUGGCAUAUCAGCUGGACAGAUACAUAGUGACCUCCCAGAAAAUCCAUGAGAAGCUGGAGGAAAGUGCCAUAAAUGAUAUCUGGCUGAAGAGCACAAAAGCCGUGGUAGACUUGAAUGUGGAUUUGUCUGAGGCUGGCAUACAAAGUAUGCUUUAUCAUAUUUAUCUGCUUGAAGAAAUCAGGAUGGACCCAAACUUCCGAAUGGUGUUCAUGUUCAAGGAAAAGGCCGGUGAGGAUUUCAUCAGUAAGUUUGAAGAACACCAGCCCAGGAUGUUGAAGUUCCUAGAUGAGCUGGAGCAGUGUGCUGUUCAGCUAGACAAGAUGAGUAAGGGUUCAAAGAUCUCCAGUGUGGCAGGCAGUUCAGCAGGGGCGAUUGGUGGUGUGCUGUCCAUUGUUGGUUUGGCGUUAAUUCCUGUAACAGCAGGAACAUCUCUAGCUUUGACAAUGACUGGUGUUGGGCUGGGAAUCACCAGUGGUCUUAACAGCAUUGUGACCACUGGAGCAGAGAUGAAAGUUAAUCAUAAGCAUCAAACAAAAGCUGGUGAAGUUUUCAAGAACUUUAUGGAAGAUGUACAGAGUCUUCAAGAUUGUCUGCAAAACGUGACCAAUCAACCAGUGUGUGGAAUAGAAACAAGUAAGCUAGAGAUAGCUGUGGGAGUAAGAAGGAUUGCAUCUAAAGUUUGGACCGUUGGAAAGGGCACUUUUGAUUUAGUUACUGAUGCUACCUCUGCUGCUAAAGUGUUUCCGAGUGCUGGUAAAGUUUUGGCUCAGGAAGGAAAAGCAUUACGUAAUGCAAGCAGGCUGGCCUCAGAUAUCCCAGAUAUUGGUGAGGCAGCUCUCAAAGGAUCUCUUGCUCUCUCAAAGACAUCAAGGGCUGGGUUCAUCGCUCUCAAUGCUCUCUUCCUUGGCAUGGAUAUUUUCUUCAUCUACAGAGACGGCACCAGUCUGGCAAAAGGCUGUGAGGCAAAAGUUUCCCAGGUCAUCCGAGCCAGAGCUGCACUUUGGAGCUCAGAGAUCGACUCAUGGCAGAAGAUCUGUGACUCUCUGAAGGAAGGUCUUCGAAAAUCAGAGAAAAACAAAGGCAUCCUGGAAAGUCCAUUUUAUCCUGAGACAACAAGCUAAAUCUCCAUAGAAACAGAAAGUAUAAUCUCUGAGUACAGAGAUUAUACUGCAUUAUAUGAUGUAUGUAAUGAAAUUCCUUAUUGUUUACUACAAUUAAUGAAUGAAGGAAUUGAGAUCAAAGUGAGAAAAAAAAUCAAAUUUCACAAUUCAUUAUGUUUUACCAUAUUGUACCACACAGUUAUUGUCUCAAAUUUUUUUUUAUAUAUUUUUAGCGUUAUGUUCUUAAUUCAUCUGAUAAUAAGAGACUGAAUCAUAUUAAUUGAAUCACAGUGCUUAGAGUUGUGGUGAGGUUUUUGGGUUUGUUUUUUUUCAAAAGCUGGAACCAGUUUUUUUUUAAAGCUCUCUGAUGGUUUGUGUAGCUUACUCAGUGUAACCCUUUUAACUACAAACCUUUAGAUAAUGACUUAUUUCAUAGUCUAAUCUUCAAAUGCUUUAUCUGAAACUGUCGAAUCACCUGCAUCUUUAGGGAUUUGCUAGUUUAGCCUAACUUUUAGCCUGGCCUUCAAAGCUACAAACAGCAUACAUGUAUUACAAGAUUGUUAUUUCUAAAAAGACUCACAUAUAGGAGGUUGUCUGGUUCUUGAGGUUUUCUCUCCAUUACUUACCUUACAAUAUACUUACUACAUUUUAACAAAAAUAUCUGUUCUUUCUAAUCCUUACUUUUUUUUAAAAAAGAAAAAAAAGAAAAAGAAAAAAAACAAAACUUGUUACUUGGUGUUUUUAGUGACGAUGUAGUAGAUUUAGUUUAGAUGUAGUUGUGAAGGAAAAAUUGUAAAAAAAAAAAAAAAAAAAAAAAAAAAAAAAAAAAGAAAAGAAAGAAAAAGCUUUUGAUUAUACUAAUAUUAUUUUAUUAUUACAUUAAUAUACCCUUUACUUUUUCACUUUUUCUCAAAGUACAGAUGCAUUUUUUGGAGUAGUAAAGUAUUUUAGCACAAAUAUCUGUACUUCUGUUUAAGUAAAGAAUAUCUGUACUUUUGCCACCCCUGCCUGUGGAUAGUCGCCCCUUCUCUCUCUAACUUUGAAGCUAUCAGUCUCCCUCAUUUAUUCUGUGAUUAAUUUUAAUUUUAACAUAUAAAUUUGUUUUAUUUAAAGAGGUGUGUUGUGUUCUUAAUUUGUUGUAGUUUAUUCUUGUACAAGUGCAUAGUAAAAAGACAACAUAUGGAUAAAACAUACAUGUUAAUAUGGAUAUAAACAUGGAUAAUCUUUAUCAAUUGAAUUACAUUUUUCUCAAAUUAAGACACAUUUUGUUUGUAAUGAAAAAAGU